CUCACUGCUGGAGCCAGCCUCAGGUGGACGCUAGAGGAACUGCAGGUUGUGUCACUUCCUGUGUCGGCUUCACGUCACAGACACGGAGGAUGCUGAUUGGUGAAGGAUCUGUGACACGACACGUGCUGCAUUAAAGAACCAUCGGAAAUAUUAAGACGACUUUGCAAACACGUCAGUGACGUAAAAAUCACUGACCGGAUAUGAAAGGUGAUUGGUUGUAUCCGUAUCAUUAACGUGCCGUGUCACAGGAAACAGCACGUGUGACGUACACGGUUUGAAACACGACAACGGAAAAAUCCGACUUUCUAAUGAGACCUUGAAGGCAGCAUGCACCUCCACCUGCAGCUCGUGCUCACAGGAAACAUCCGAACCGUCGGUUCCGUCGGGCUGUGACGCGAACACACGUCACGUUUUCUACCGAAACGACCGACCGAGCUCACCUGGAUGACGUCAGCGAAAGCUGGAUGUCAACUGGACCCUGAAGAGUCGAGAACCCCUGAGGAAACACACAGACAGGCCCAUGUGACCCCGUCCAGCUGCAGACAGCUGUUGUUCAGGAUGAGCGAGCUGGAGGAUCGCCUCGGUGACAUGCUGUCACGCAUCGCCAUGGAGACGCAGGAGAUCAAAGAGCUGGAGCAACAGCUGACUGACAGUCAGAUUCUGGUGAAUGAAUGUCUUCAGUCAGAUUUGGAGGGAAUCAUCAGAGGACUUCAGGAGAACCUGAGAGGCCUCAGAGAUCCUCUCAGUCCUGAGGACGUUUGGUCCCGGAGUGUGGAGCGGCUGUACAAGGCGGUCCAGAGAACCAGAACCAGCAGAGAGCAGCUCCAACAAGACCAGAACCACAGCCAGGAGCAGAUCACCAGACUGCAGGCCCAGCUACACCACCAUCAGAACCACAUAGCCCAGCUGGAAGCUCAGGUAGCUCAGGAUCAGAACCAGGGUCAGAACCAGGAUCAGAACCAGGACAUAGACUGGAGGCUGAGGGAGGAACUGGAGAAGCUGAGAGUCCGCCUGCAGAAGUCUGAGAGCAGAAACAGACACAUUCAACACAAACUGGAGGCGGAGCUUCAGCAGUGCCGUGUGCAGCUUCAGGACGUCCAGCAGGACAGAGACACUCUGCUCCAACAGCUGCGUUCACAGAGUGCCGGUCACCAGACGGGCCUGGACCGCCUCAACAGGAAACUACGGCAGCUCAGCAGGUCCAUGUGUGAGUCGGACCAGCUGACCGCAGAACAGCUGAGAGCUCUGAACCACACGGUGACACUGCUGCAUGCGCACACACAGCAGGCUAACAGUCCGACGCUGGACUCUGGUUUGGGCCUGCAGUACCUGAGCUCACCUGAGAGGGUACAUCACAUCACAGACACAGGAGCAGCAGAGUGGACAGACAGCUCCAGAGGACACUCUCCUCCUCCUGCCCCAGCUGCAGCUCUCCCUGCUGGGCUCACACACACUCCCACUCCCCUGGAUGGAGCUCCAUGGCUGCUCUGUGGUUCACCUGCUCUGCACUGUAACAUCCCAGAACACAGAUCACAGGUAGACAGGUGUGUGUGUGAGUGUGUGCACAAAGAAGACAAACUGAAGGAAAAGAAGAAACUACGACACACACUGAGACGACACCGCAGUGUGAUGCAGGUGUGUGAUGAGGUGGAGUGUGUGGAGAAAACUCUCCUGAAGAGACGAGCUGAACUCCGACAGGCUGACAGACUGCUGCUGGAGGCUCAGAGGUGCAUACACACCACCAGAGACAAGGCCCGAUCAGCUCAGCAGGAGGCCGACCUGUUACAGCGCUCCGCUCAGGACGGCGCCACCUGUCUGCUGGAGGCCACACAGCACAUGAGAGAGCUGCAGGAGGAGGUGGAGGAGCUGAGGAGGAAGAGGCAGCAGGAGGAGCAGACUCUGAGGGAGGUGGAGGAGACGCUGAGGAGCAGAGAGCAGGAGAUACAACAAGUGAACACAAACAUACAGUCGGCUACAGACAGGUCAACAAUCUGCUGUCAUCACGUGCUCGUGUGUUUUCAUCAUCAUCAGAUUUAUGACGUGUGUGUGUAUGUGUGUGUGUGUGUGUGUGUGUGUGUGUGUGUAUGUGUGUGUGUGUGUGUGUGUGUGUGUAGAUUAGCUCUCAUGCUGUCAGACUGUCAGGACUCUGAGCAGCGUCUCAGCUCUCUCCACUGUCAGGUGGAGCAGCAGGAGCAGAGGUUGGUUCAGAGGAGGGAGGAGCAUCAGACAGCUGUGAACAGACUGGAGGAGGUCAGACAGGAGGAGCAACGACUGCAGGACAGAGUCGAGGAGCUGUUGGAGCAGCAGGAGGUGCUGCUGAGUAAGAGGAGGUCCACAGUGUGUGAUCUGAGGGAGGACGAGCAGAAACUGAUCUCAGUGCAGCGUGAACUCAACACACACAGAGCAGAUCUCCAGCACGUCCUUCAUGAGAUACUCACUGAGCAGCAGGCAGCAGAGGACGUUCAAAACAAACGCACCCAGAGUCUGCAGCGGCUCCACAAGAAGCAGGACGUGCUGGACAGAACCAAGGACGAGCUGGACGGAACCAAGGACGAGCUGGACAGGAAGCAGGACGAGCUGGACAGAACCAAGGACGAGCUGGACAGGAAGCUGGACGAGCUGAACGGAACCAAGGACGAGCUGGACGGAACCAAGGACGAGCUGGACGGAACCAAGGACGAGCUGGCUGAGCUGAAACAGGAAGUUGAGUCUCACAGAAAGGAAGCAGAAAUUUGUCUGAAAAAGACGAAACGACUGCGAACAAACCUGAAGGAGGUGCAGGAGGAGCUGAGCAGGAGCAGGGAGGAGAGGAGCAGCAUGCAGGAGCAGUGUAAACACCUGGAGGCCAGGCGGCGGCACGCUGACAGGUGUCUGUCAGCUGUGGAGGCGGAGCUUGUUAAAGUGAGGGAGGAGCACAGCCACGCCCAGCUUCUCAAACAGGAAGUGGUCAGAGAUACAGCAGCCAGUCAGGAGCAGCUUAAGGAGCUCAGUGAACAUGUGGAGGAGAAGAAGAAACACCUGCAGACUGUGGAACAGGAGCUGAGUGUUUCCAGUCAGCAACAACAGCAGAGACGAGAACAACUGACAGAGAUAGACAGACUGAUACAACACAGACAGGCCGUGUGUGCUGGACUGGGUGAUGUUAAAGCUGCACUGUGUCAGGUGGAGGACAGGGGGCGCCGUCUGAGUGAGCAGGAGCUGCAGCUGAACCAGCUCAAGAAGGAGCUGUGCCGGAGAGAGAAACAGCUGAUCCAUGAGGAGGAGGGGCUUAUACAGAGGAGGGAGGGGCUACAGCAGAAAGAGGAGGGGCCAGUUCAGACAGAGGAGGAGCUACACAACAAACAAGAGCUUCAUGUGAAGGACGACGAGGAGGAGGAGUCUUUCUACCUGUCUACAGGUCUGAGAUCAGCCAGUACUCAGGAGGAGAGGUGGGAGGUGGCACUGCAGAGAGAGAGGCUGAGACAACAGGAGGACCGACUGAAGGCCCGUCUGCGCUGCAGUCUGUGGACUCAGCAGGAGACUCUGAUGGAGAGACGGCUGGAGGCUGAAGACAGUUUACUGGGACUGAAACACCAAGUGGACCAGCUGGACUCGCUGCUCACACACACACACACAGUGACAGGUAACUCACCUGUGAACAUGUUUCUGUAAAACACUCAGGUCUGCUGACUGGAGCUUUCCAUCCAAUCACAUGGACGUCCCGCCUCUUUUUGCUCUGUGCUCCAAUCACAGUUCAGCUAGCUUCCUGUAUUAGAUAUGCUACGUGUUAGCUUGACAUUGUGCAGACGGUCCAAAGAAGAAAGAGACACAUCAAAGGUUCGAGAACACUUUAAUUAUGCAGGACGCAGCACGGACCACAGGGGGCAGUAACGAGCUAUCAUCAUCAUGUGCCACAGCAUUGGCUUUACUGUCAGUGAACGCAGCACACGUGGUGCCUUCAUGAAAACAUGGAAAACACAUUUUCAUCUUUGAAUUAAACUCUGAGUUCAAAUCA